UGUAUAAAAACAUCGAGUAUCCACCUCGUUGUCCUCUCUUGAUCUAUACUUGGACGACAAGAGUAAGAUUCGUCACUGAGAAUCGCCAUUUUAUGAAAGGAAGACCCCAUUACUGACUGACGAGAAUGUACUAGAUUGUGUUACGCGAUUGUUUUUGUGUCGUGAUGACAGCUAGUCUGGAUCCAACUUAUUGACCGUUGCAUGGUUGUUCUUCGCCGAAAAUUCUAGAUCUGAAAUCAUGGUUGUCUACCAAGGGCUGAGUAGAGCACAGCUCAGCUUCGACUAUCUGCACACCAACUCGACCACCCACGAAUUCCUCUUCGGGGCAUUGGCGGAGCUGCUGGAUAAUGCAAGGGAUGCGCAAGCAAGACGAAUGGAUGUUUACGCGGAGAGAAAUGAAUCACUCCGUGGUGGCUACCUGCUUAACUUUCUGGAUGAUGGGUCUGGAAUGGAUCCAGCUGAGGUUGCCACAGUUAUCCAGUUUGGAAAAUCAACAAAGAGAGUCUUGGAUUCCAAUAUGAUUGGACAAUAUGGAAACGGCUUGAAAUCAGGUUCUAUGAGAAUUGGAAAAGACUUCAUCCUGUUCACCAAACAAGGGGCAACAAUGACGUGUUUAUUUUUGUCUCGCACAUUCCAUGAAGAGGAAAAAAUUGAGGAAGUUAUAGUGCCAAUGCCUUCUUUUGAGAAGAAUACUAGGCAUCCAUAUGUGCAGGGCGCUGGAGAGAAAGAAAGGCAUCAAAUAGAGAUGGAUUUGAUACACAAAUACUCACCAUUUAAAACGGAGGCUGAAUUCUUUGCCCAGUUUGACAAGAUCAUUGGCGAUUCAGGAACAAUGGUCAUCAUUUACCACUUGAAACUCAUGGAUAAUGGGGAUACAGAGCUGGAUAUCAGUACAGAUGCUAGUGACAUCUUGUUGACUGGAUCAGUGUCUUCAACAGGAAUUGCUGAUGAUAGUCUUGUACCGGAGAGACGCUCUUUUCGAGCCUACACUUCAGUUCUGUAUGCUGAACCCAAAAUGAAAAUCUACAUUCAAGGUCACAAGGUGCACACAAAACGCCUUGCCUACUCGCUCUACAAACCAAAGCUUUACAAGUAUACUUCCACUCGUUUCAAGACGAGGUCAGAGAUGAAAACUGCAGAGGCUGUCCAUAGUGCCAAAGUUGCAAAUGAAAAGGCAAGAGAGGCUGAAAGUAAAGCUCGGGAUCUGGAGAAGAAGUUUGGACACGGAGGCCCAAAAGACAAAAGGGCUGCAACAAGACAAGCUCACACAGAAGCCAUUGAACUCAGACAACUUGCCACGCUACGCAAAAAGAUAGCAGAUAAACAACAGAAAUCCCUUAAAGAACCCAAGACGCUGAACUUUACCUUUGGUCUGAACCUAAGCAAUCGAAGAUAUGAUGGUGGGUUCAUCUACAAUUGUGGUAGACUGAUCAAGAUGUAUGAGAGAGUAGGUCCACAAGUGGAUGGAGGAGUGCAAUGUAGCGGAGUUGUAGGGUUUGUAGAUGUCCCCUACCUGGUGCUAGAACCCACACACAACAAGCAAGACUUUGCUGAUGCUAAGGAGUUCAGGCACUUACUGAAGGCUAUGGGAGAUCACCUCUCACAAUACUGGAAAGACGUCAACAUCACGGGGUCUCUCGGUGUGACCAAGUUCUGGGAGAGUUUUGGGUACGUCAGCCAAAACUGGAAGGAUCCACCCUCUGAGGACAUCAAGUUUGUCCGUAAGAGAGCUAUGCAGACCCCAACUCUUGUGCAGUGUGAUUUCUGUCUUAAGUGGAGGAUCAUACCAUUUUCUGCGAGUAAUAUCAACCGAGUAUUCACCGAUGAUUGGCAGUGUUCCAUGAAUUCAGAUAUCACACACAACAGGUGCUCGAAUGCAGAACAGAAAGUCCCAGUCACAGUUGGUGUGUUCAAGAAAGAAACCAAGUCGGCAGAAGAACAGAAAAAGGAAAUUUUAGAGGACAUCAAAAAGAAGCAAGAAAAACUAGAUAAAAUUCAGACCUCGCUGCCACCAUCCAAACCACCUAAACCAAUUGGCAAAGCAUCUCCGGUACAAAGCUACAAAGAUAAGCCCGUUGGGAAGGCUUCUCCAGUUGUUAAUCAAGCUAACAGAAGGUUCUCUACCCCGCCGGCAACCAGCAGUAGGCAAUCCUCGGCCUCAAACAGCAGAUACGCUACCACACAAGCUGCCAAAUAUGAAACCAAGAAAGUAACUCCUGCUGUGGUGCAGAAAAAACCUGCUGCGAAACAACAGCGAGCACCUCCAGCUCCUGCAGUUAAGAAACCUGUUGCUACUAAGAGGCUCAGUAGUAAACCAUCGUCAAUUGACACAACCAGCAGUGAGGAUAAAUCCCCCGAACCUGCCAAGAAAAGGAGGCUGACUGUGAACUCUCAAUCAUCGGCAGAUAAAGAGAUGGAAACAGACUCGACAGAAAACAGCUCCUCAUCGGAGGCAGAUGUGCCAUCUUGCAAUCUACAACUAGAGACUGAAAAUGUUGGUAAACAGGUAGAGGCUUUUGUUGAUGGCAAGUGGUAUGCAGGCAAGAUCGUCAAAGUCUUUCAGAAACCCGGAGGCAGCGUCAUCAGGUGGAAGGUCAAGUUUGAUCUCCAUCCUAAAGACAAAUACGACAAGAGUUAUGAUAAAGACAGUAAAGAACUCAGAUUGGCGACCCCCUCUGAGCAACUUGAAGAAGAAGAGUUUUCAACAACAAUCCCUGAAGAUACCUUGCCGAAAAUAUCAGCCCCGACCCAUGAACCUGCUGUUCAGAAAGUAACUCCCACUACAACAACAAAAGUCAAACCAGUAGCGUCCCCUCCACCCACACCAACAAAGACGGUUGUUCCUCCCGCCAAGACGGUGGACCCUCCUAAAGCUACAGUUACCCCCAAUGCAAAUGUGCCAGUCAAGAAGGAUGAUGUGGAAGAGGAACAGAUAAAAGAAGACAAGGCAGAAGUACAGAUAAAAGAAGACAAGACAGAAGCUGUGGUGGUUUCCAAGGAUUCUAAGAGUAUCCAGACAGUCUCGUCAACCGUUGAGAAUAAACUUGCCAUGGGAUAUAGGAAAUGUCUACGCUAUUUCUUGCCGCCACAGUGGCCAAUGAACAAAGAAAUGAUCAACAGCCUUUCUCUAGAUCAGCUUUGUGAUUUCUCGCUGGACGAUUUCUUUGACCAAUACGAGAAGGGACUUCGAAAUCUUGUUGGAGGUUUUCAGGCAGAGGCAGCCGAGAAGGCCAGAGAGACUGAAGCCACCAAACUUAAACUUGUUGAACUCAGAAAACUCAUUUCUCAACUACUCCGGUCAAUUAACGAUGAGAUUGUUGUGACUGAUACGGGUGGGGAGGAAGUGGAUCUCAUGCUUGCUGCUUGUGUAAAACAAGCCAUGCAGGACGAAUGAACUGUUAAUUCUACACAAUGAUGACUACUAGAUAAUUGAGACAUAUUCGCCAAGUCCUGAAGGAAACAUGUCAUAUUGGAGUUGCAAGUUGAAUUUGGAAACCUGGGAUUGUCCAAAAUAAGCGAUAAAGGGUCUUGAUGAAGAGUUCAACAUUACUGCAAGGAGAUUUUCAUAAUGCAUUGUUCCUGUCAAACAACUACAUUUGAUGAAAUUGUGGCCACCAGGGUACAUGCAGAGAGAUGGUUGCAGCAGUGGGAUUGAUCGAGAUGUGAAAAGCAGUCCCUGCAGCCCAAUAGGCAAAAAUAUAUAUGUUCCCUUUAACUUCAACUUGAAGAGGUUCAGAACCUCAAAUCUUUGGUGCCAAGAUGAUUAAGCUGUUGCCUAAAGGAUUACAGUAAGAGCUUUCAGGAGUUGUUGCUGACUAUGGAUCAUGCACAAGUAUUGAUAGGAGUCCCUGCAGCUCAAAAUGAAAGGAAACAUGUAUGUAUGUAUAAUCCCUUUACCUUCUGCAGACUAGACUUUUAAGUGGUUUAAAACCUGCAAUCUUGAUUGCCAAGUGGAUUAAGCUGUUGCCUAGAGGAUUACAGUGAGAGCUUUCAGGAGUUGUUGCUGACUACGGAUAGUGCUCUAGUAAUGAUAGGAGUCCUGACAGCUCAAACAGAAAGGCAAAAUAUGUGCAUGUAUGAUCCCUUUAACUUCUGCAGACUAGACUUGAAGAGGUUCAGAACCUCCAAUCUAGAGUUCCAGGAGGACCUAAGCUGUUGCCAAGAGUAUUAUAGCAGUGAGGGCUUUCAGGAGUUGUUGCUGACUACAGAUCAUGCUCCAGUAAUCAUAGGAGUCCCUGCAGCUGAAAUAGAAAGGCAAAAUAUAUUCAUGUAUGUUCCCUUUAACUUCUGCAGACUAGACUUUAAGAGGUUCAGAACCUCCAAUCUAGAGUUCCAGGAGGACCUAAGCUGUUGCCAAGAGUAUUAUAGCAGUGAGGGCUUUCAGGAGUUGUUGCUGACUACGGAUCAUGCUCAAGUAAUAAUAGGAGUCCCUGCAGCUUAAAUAGAAAGGCAAAAUAUAUGCAUGUAUGUUCCCUUUAACUUCUGCAGACUAGACUUUAAGUGGUUCAAAACCUGCAAUCUUGAUUGCCAGGAUUAAAGCUGUUGCCAAGAGGAUUAUAGCAGUGUGAGCUUUCAGGAGUUGUUGCUGACUACGGAUCAUGCUCAAGUAUAGACAGGAGUCGGUGCAGCUCAAAUAAGAGGCAAAAUAUUUGCGUGUAUGUUCCCUUUAACUUUUGCAGACAAGAUUUUAAUAGGUUCAAAAUCUCCAAUCUCGAGUGUCAAGAGGAUUAUUGCUGUUAGAGCUUACAGGAGUUGUUGCAGAAAAUGCUACAGUGAUGAUAGGAGUUUUCAUUUUCUGUGAUGGAUGUGUACUGGAAUGAAGUCUAGCUGGUUGAGACGUCUUGUGGCUGUACACAAUGUGGAUGGUGCAUACAAAUUGUCAUUGUGUACUGAAAUGAAGAAUAGCUAAUUGGAAAAUACAAUACCUAGAUGGUUUGUCUAGAUGGUGCCUAUUGUCAUUCAAUCAGGAUCUCUAAAUCUUGGAAGUUGUGUCAUCCUCAAUGAACCUUCAAUAUAAUUACACUGAGGAAUUUCAAGACUGUAGCCCAACUUCAAAGAUUUGGUUUAAGCAAAGAGUCUACUUAGCAGAUGUCUCCAAAGGAAGAUGAAGCGUGGAGUGAGUCGCAGGCAAAACAGGACUGAAGAAACGGCAUAAUGUUCUGCGUUAACAGCAGCUCUAUAAAAUAAGGCUCAAACUACCAGACCUAAACUUGCAUCACAUUCCCUGCUUCGCUGGUCUUCACAAAAUGUAGACCAAAGACACAUUUCUGGUGUUGGUUGCACUGGCCUAGUGUACUUUCAAUUUGAUGUUGUGUGUACAUUUCAAAGCAAUUUCAUCCUUGCAGUUGUCAGUGUUGAGUGUUGAAUUUGUUUACAAAGUUUCGUUGCAAUUUCAGAACCUUUCUAAAAUGUUGUUAUUUUUUACAAUGUGUUGAAGCAGAAGUUCGCUUUGCUCGUAAAAUCUGAUAAUAUGGCUGAAAUGGUUUUUAUUUGUAUUUGUUGUUGAACAACUUGUGGGAUUAAGACAUGUAGUUUAAUUAGUUUUGCGUAAGCAUCUUUUGUCUGAUCUUGUAGGAACUGGUCAAGACCAUCUGUAUUCACAUUGUCUCGUUGUCGGGUGUGGCUAAAAAGGUAGGCUACCUCGACUGUUUGGUUGUUCUGUGCAGGUUACUUCAGUCCGUCAAUGAAACAUAACCUUGUGUCUGUCGAAUCUCAACUUAACAUAAUUGAUGUUCUUGGAGCGGUUUUGGGAUCAAACUGUUCAUGUACUUGUUGAAAGUUCAAUGCAUGGAGUGAUAAUCUCUUGUCGGCUGUUGCAGUGGUUAUUUUGUUUGGAUUAUGUGACGUAUACAAAUGUUUCCGUCAUGGCUUGUGAAGGUACUACAAACAGUUGAUGUGUAAAUGUUGUGGGUUGUAUGAAUGUUGGAUACAACAGAUUUUUAAAGUGUUUUAGGAUGAAAUGUCAUGCAUUGUAUUUGUUUGCAGAUACAUGUAGUUUCAGCAUGCCAAGACUACUUAACAGUAAUUUUUUAGUAUGUUCAUCUGUGUUAAGCAUUACUUUUUCAAACUUUUUUUUACAUGAUAUUAUCAGUAUGAUAUCAGUCUUAAAUCUUUAUUAUUUUAGAGACACUAUGCAGCUUUCUUUGUUAUAUUCGCUUCUGUGCUAUGGCAAUCAUUCCUAGAGACUUGUUCUUAUUUGGACAACCUCAGUUUAUUUGGUUACAUUAGUUUGAAUGGGUAAACAUUAAUGUUGGUGUGCAUCAUAUAAUAGUGAAAAUUGCCAAAAUGCCCUUGCCAGAUGCCUUGGUAUGCACAUUGGCCUAUCAUUUUUAGUACAUGUACUCCACAUAUACAAGUGUGUUACAAUAAUCCCAAUGACAAUGAAAGUGGAAGUUCUCAGUGUUUCAUUCAAAGGGACCAGACGUUUUUUGUAGGUAAGCCUCAGUUUUGUUACAUUAAGUUUAAUGGGUGGGAAACCAGAUGACAGCACAAUGUUUGGUCUGUUACCUUGUCUCUUUAAAUUGCAAGAAUGAAGCUCAAAGCCUAUUUCUAAUCGUUGUGGUUUUUGCUUAUUCGAUACAGCAAUACUUUUUCGUGUGAAAAUGGCCAGUAGCAAAAGUUCUUUGAACUGAUGCAAUACCAUGCAACACUUAAGUUGUUCUAUCUGUCUUAUCAUGUGUUAGUUUGCAAAAUAACAUGGUUGUGACAUAUUCUGUCGAUAAGCUGUUCUGUUUUUGUUUUAGUUUGCUUGUAAUAUGCUUAUUAGAUUAUUAUUUAAAACGCAUGCAUCGCCGUGUAGAAUUACAGUUCUUUUUUAUUUUAAACUGCAGAUUUGUUGCUUAUCAUUUUAACAGAAACUCUUUAACGAUAUAUUUAUUUUUGUACGCAUUUUGUAUUGUGUGAUUGUUUUGUCAAUGUGUGCUGUUUGUCAAUUUGGUAAGAUUGAGUAAAAAGAACAACAAUUAUCAAGUUGGUUCAGUCCAAGUCUGUGUUCAGAAGUUAUCAAGUUCAGUUAUCAUGCUUUGCUUGUUUAAAAUUAAAGAGCUGUGCAGAAUUGUGUCUUUUUUAGAGCUUGCUCUUUAAAACAGUAGGCCUAGGUUCAUUUAGCAAUCUUGUUGCUAUGUGUUAACUAUUAUUUUUUAUUAUCACUGUGAAGACUUAAACAGAUUCGUGCACAUUUUGUAAACACUGUAAAUAAAACAAGAUUUGUAUAAUUAUGACGACCUGA